AAGAUGGAAAAUAGUAUAGAUACAUGAAAAGCUUAGGCUUGCUUUGAUAAUAAUUUCUUGAUUUAUUCUGAUUUUUCCUUAACAUCUAGCUUAAUAGGCUAAACAUCAAUAUCCCAUUCAACAAAUCUCAUCCACCUCCUUAGGUUACGCUAGAAAAACAAAAAAAACAAAAAAACUCUACACCCACUGCUUGAGGAUUCGUUCGAUCUUACUUUGUAGCAAUAGUACUUUAAUUUCAGUCACAUUACUUCCUUUAUAAAGGUGUGUCUGGCUUAAUUUGUGGUGCCAACACUGUAAACCCACUCAAUCCACUUAGAAUUGUCCAGGGGGAAGAUCCAUUAAUGGCUUUUCUACAAUGGCUGAAAGAAAGCUCCAGUCCUACCUUGCUCUUUGUAACUAUUUUUCUUUUAGUAGCGCUCAAGUUUCUCGUGAAGGGGAAACUGAAAAACAGUAAGCUCAAUCUCCCACCAAGCCCUGCGAAGUUGCCAAUCAUUGGCAACCUUCACCAGCUUGGUAACAUGCCUCACAUAUCUCUCCGAUGGCUUGCCAAGAAGUAUGGUCCAAUCAUAUUUUUACAACUUGGGGAGAUCCCAACUGUAGUGAUUUCAUCAGUGCGAUUGGCAAAAGAAGUUCUGAAAACCCAUGAUCUUGUACUCUCUAGCCGUCCUCAGCUCUUCUCGGCCAAACACUUGUUCUAUGGUUGCACUGAUAUUGCUUUUGCUCCAUAUGGUGCUUACUGGAGGAAUAUAAGGAAAAUUUGCAUACUUGAGCUUCUUAGUGCCAAGCGUGUCCAAUGGUACAGCUUUGUUAGAGAAGAAGAAGUUGCUCGCUUGAUUCAUCGGAUUGCAGAAUCUUAUCCUGGCACUACCAACCUUAGCAAGAUGAUUGGACUAUAUGCCAAUGAUGUCCUUUGUCGGGUUGCGUUAGGAAGGGAUUUCUCUGGAGGAGGAGAGUAUGAUCGGCACGGGUUCCAGAAGAUGCUUGAUGAUUAUCAAGCAUUGCUUGGAGGAUUCAGUCUUGGAGACUAUUUUCCUUCAAUGGAGUUUGUGCACAGUCUAACUGGAAUGAAAUCGAAACUCCAGCACACCGUCAGACGGUUUGAUCAGUUCUUCGAUAAGGUAAUAACCGAGCACCAAAAUUCUGAGGGGAAACAAGAGGAGAAGAAGGACCUUGUUGACGUUCUACUCGAUAUUCAAAAGGAUGGAUCUUCUGAAAUGCCUCUCACCAUGGAUAAUAUUAAAGCUGUCAUCUUGGACAUGUUUGCUGCAGGAACUGAUACAACCUUCAUAACCCUUGAUUGGACAAUGACAGAGCUUAUCAUGAAUCCUCAAGUCAUGGAGAAAGCACAAGCUGAAGUGCGAAGUGUUGUCGGAGACAGAAUAGUUGUACAAGAGAGUGAUCUGCCCCGACUGCACUACAUGAAAGCUGUUAUCAAAGAGAUCUUUCGAUUACAUCCUGCGGUUCCAGUUUUAGUCCCAAGAGAAUCUUUAGAAGAUGUUAUCAUUGAUGGGUACAACAUUCCAGCUAAAACACGGAUUUAUGUCAAUGUCUGGGGAAUGGGGAGGGAUCCAGAACUGUGGGAAAAUCCUGAAACAUUUGAACCAGAAAGAUUUAUGGGCAGCAGUAUAGACUUCAAGGGGCAAGAUUUUGAGCUAAUACCAUUUGGAGCUGGUAGAAGAAGCUGCCCAGCAAUCACAUUUGGAAUAGCAACUGUUGAAAUUGCUUUAGCUCAACUCCUCCACAGCUUUGAUUGGGAGCUUCCCCCUGGUAUCAAAGCUCAGGAUAUAGAUAAUACAGAAGCUUUCGGCAUCUCAAUGCACAGGACAGUUCCGCUACAUGUCAUUGCCAAACCACACUUCAACUAACGCAAGUGUCUAGAUUUUUAUUUGUCAGUCAACUUGAAAAAUAAUUUUCUUCUAAAUAAAAGUUGCCAGUUAUGGUUUGCUUGUAAAAGAAAUUGAACUUAUUAUUAACUCCGUGACAUAGGAGUGUCACCUAAUGAUUACUCGAGUUUGGGUUCCUAAUGCAAAUUGGUCGGCCAAAGAAUCAACUUUGAGCUUGAAUUUUCA